ACAGAUAGCACAACAACAUGUUUAGUUAGUGAGUUAAUUAACAGCGUCCAUGUUUUCACAUGUCAGUGUCCCUAUGUCGGAGCUCCACAGACAGACGAUGAUGAAGAGAAUCAGACAUCCCAGUAGCAGUGACGACUCCGACAAUGGAAGUAAUUCCACCUGCUGGUCACAGCAUUCAUCACAGCCAAGAAGGGGGAAUGGGCAAAAACCCUCUGAGGUUUUCAGGACUGACCUGAUCACAGCCAUGAAGGUGCAUGACUCGAACCAGCUGAACCCCGAGGAAUUUUACAUCCUCGCAGACCCUUGGAGGCAGGAGUGGGAGAAGGGCGUCCAGGUUCCUGUCAGCCCCCAGUCCAUCCCACAGCCCACCACCAGGGUGUUGGCGGACAAAGGAAAGGAGGUGAUGUUCGUCAGACCGAAGAAGUUGAUCCGGACGUCGGGCGCCGAGGCUCUGGGCUACGUGGACAUCCGGACGCUGGCGGAGGGGAUGUGUCGCUACGACCUGAACGAGGAGGACGUGGCCUGGCUGCAGGCCGCCAACCAGGAGUUUGAAGAGAUGGCCAUGCCGCCGCUGGACGAGAUCACCAUGGAGCGGCUGAUGGAGGAGUUUGAGCGCUGCUGCCACGACAACAUGACCCACGCCACGGAGACGGAGGAGGGGCUGGGCAUCGAGUACGACGAGGACGUGGUGUGUGACGUCUGCCGGUCACCGGACGGGGAGGACAACAACGAGAUGGUGUUCUGUGACAAGUGCAACAUCUGUGUUCACCAGGCGUGUUACGGCAUCCAGAAAGUGCCCCAGGGCAGCUGGCUGUGCCGGAUCUGCGCCCUCGGCAUCCUGCCGAAGUGCCAGCUGUGCCCCAAGAAGGGCGGAGCCAUGAAGCCGACGAGGAGCGGCACCAAGUGGGUCCACGUCAGCUGCGCCUUGUGGAUCCCAGAGGUGAGCAUUGGGAAUCCAGAGAAGAUGGAGCCGAUCACUAACGUGUCGCACAUUCCCAGCAACAGAUGGGCUCUGAUCUGCUGCAUCUGCAAAGAGAAGUCAGGAGCGUGCAUUCAGUGCUCAGCCAAAAACUGCCGGACUGCCUUCCAUGUGACGUGCGGCCUCCACGCCGGGAUCGAGAUGAACACCAUCCUCACAGAGGACGAUGAGGUCAAGUUCAAGUCCUACUGCCCCCAACACUCGGGGCUGGAGGGCGACGAGUCCAGGGACCGAGAUUCAGAGGGGGAGGGGGAGAAGGAAAGCGCCGGAGACAAGAAGGGCAGGAGAAAAGGCCGGGUGAGAGGGGAGGAAGACACCACCUCCUCCUCUUCGUCCUCCUACGUGGCUCCUCAGAUCCUCCACAGAGCGCCCAGUCACCUGGAGGAGCUCAGCAGCCGGCAGCAGGAGAAGAGGGUCAGUCUGCGCAAGCUGAAGCUGCAGGAAAUGGAGGAGGAGUUCUUCCAGUUUGUGGAGGUGGAGGAGGUAGCGGCUCACAUGAAGCUGCUGCCGGAGGUGGUGGACUUCCUGUUCCAGUACUGGAAACUCAAGCGAAAAGCCAACUUCAACCAGCCGCUCCUCACGCCCAAGAAGGACGAGGAGGAGAGCCUGGCACGCCGCGAACACGAGGUGCUGCUGCGCCGCCUGCAGCUCUUCACCCACCUCCGGCAGGACCUGGAGAGGGUGCGUAACCUCACCUACAUGGUGACUCGGAGGGAGAAGAUGAAGCGCUCGCUGUGGAAAGUCCAGGAGAAUAUCUUCCAGCACCAGAUGAGACUGCUGGACCACGAGCUGCUCAACGGCGAUCCCUCAGAGAAGGAUUUGGAGAAGCUCUUCUCUCUCGACUGGUUAUCCUCCCAAGGCUCCGAACCUGAACUGAAAACCAAACGAGGGUCUUCCAAGCAGGAAAGAAGAAGAAGUGCCGACAGCAAAGGCCUCUCUGACGCCCCGCACUGCCACAAGAGUAAACCUCUGGAGACGAAGGACAGUAAAAGCUCCCGGGUCAGAGAGUCUGCCGAGGACACGAGGACCGGAAAACCCCAGACCUUCGAGAUAAAUCAGCAGCUACUUCCGAAGCUCCAGAAACCAGAAGUCUUUCAGGUCUCUUUGCACAAAACUGAGAGCAGGAAAGGCCCCAGGAGGGAAGCCCCGAGGCUAGAGCAGGAGACGCUGUCCAGACAGAAACGAGAUGAGGACGAGACGAGAAGAAGAAAGAGGAGUAGCGACCUGACGGAGAGCCAGGGGAAGAACCGCUUCGGGUCAAAACACCUGGAAAAAACUGUGUCCAUCCGGCUGGUGGACAUCAGGAACUCGGACAACGACGACUACUUCAUGGAGGAAAGGAUGACCAGAAGGAACCCCGUCUCUCUGGAUGUAUCAACCAGCUCAAAGCUCUCCGCUGCUGCUCCCAAAACGAACGGCUGGAUGAGGAGAGCUGCGGCAAAUGGCUCGCACACAUCCAGCCGAAACGUGGGCGGACAUCUGAGGAGCUGGGGGAAGUUCAGGAUCCCGAAGAGGAGUGAGAAGCCCACGAGGGAGCAGCAGGAGGAGGAGGAGGAGGAGGGGGGGGAUGAGCUGUUGAGUCCGCUGACCAACACGCCGUCGUACCCCAGGACGAGACUCCGCUCGGGGACGGAGAACGACGACUACGCCUCCGACUCCAAACCAAGCGACGAAGAGACGGAGCCCUGCCUGAAGAGGUGCCACUCCCACCAGCUGAGGGAGGGGGCGUCUCUCGGGCGGCGCUACGGGUCAGACAUCAUCCGCCGGGGGGUGCUGGCCUCCUGAUGGCGGAGCGGCACUUUGAUAUAAAUAAGCUGCACUUGUUAUUUGUAAAAAACGAAAAGGAAAAUGGCGAUCUUUAUACCCUUUUAUUUUUCUCGAUGAAUCGUACAAAUGCCUAGAUUAAGAAACAGAGCUGAUAUUUAUUUUGUAUUUGUAACAUAUGUAAAUCUGGGAAAUACUUUACUUUAUUUUGAGCUAUUGUUUUUUUCCUUUUAAAAAGCAGAAAGAUGUCAAUGUGCCACUUAAACGCUCACUCAGAUAUUUUCAGGCGAAAGCAUCACUGAGGGGGGGCCGUCGUAAAUGUUGCUCGGGACCAUAAGCUCGCAAUGCGGUUUGUUUUUUUUGACCUAGUAUUAAACUUAGUGGGAGAAAGCUGACGGAUGAUUCGAUCUCGUCGGGGAAAUAGGAUUCUUUUAGAUCUGUUUUUUUUUUAUAUCAAGCUUCAUUGGAUGGUUAUCGCUCUUAGAAACUCCAGCUGUCGUAAUUUCUUCAGAUUAUGAACAUUAUGAACUGAGAAACCACAGGGGGGGGGGAAAAAGGAAUUUCAGAAUGACGUCGACGUGUCUUCAGCACUUAAGUGUAAUUGAACUGCGAAUCGUAUCGUGUCCAUCAUGUGCCUAACUUUGAUUUGAAGCGUUUGCACUACGAGAGGACGGCACAGGGUUGAGGUAUGAGAGGAUUAUUUUUACACUGAAAAAUUCAGAAAGCGUUUUGUACCCUCGGCCGCUGCUGUACUACUGUUAUGCAAAGUGAAACUUGUCUUUGUCUUGAAGAGGAAUAAAAUCUCUGGGAGACUGAA